GCUGGGAAGAAGUGUCACUGACAUCCUGUGUGGUACCCACUUACAUCUAACCCUGUUUUCUUCUCACAGACUUGGUUUGAAAGUCAGGAGCCCUGGAAGCAGGCGAUCGGGCGGUGAGGAGCCUCGGGCGCGGCCUCGCCUCCCCGGCCCGGCUCCUGCAUCAGCACCGUGGACAGCACAGAUCCCCUCUACGGGACCCUGCUGCCCGCAAGAGCAAGCCUCGGGCUUUGGCGAUCUCAUCAGCACCGCGGACAGCACCCAGUCCUUUGCUGGCCUCGGCGAGCCCACCCGCUCUCCGAGUCAGCACCGCGGACAGCCCUUCUGGACCAACCCUGAGGCAGCCUAGGAGUGGUCAGCACCCCAUGAAGAUGGCCACUGAGGUCCACAAUCUUCAGGAGCUCCGGCGAAGUGCAUCAUUGGCCACUAAGGUCUUCAUCCAGAGAGAUUACAGCGAUGGUACCAUCUGUCAGUUCCAGACCAAAUUCCCUCCAGAGCUGGAUAGCAGGAUUGAGCGGCAGCUCUUUGAAGAGACCGUGAAGACCCUCAAUGGCUUUUAUGCGGAAGCUGAGAAGAUUGGGGGCAGCUCCUACCUGGAGGGCUGCCUGGCCUGUGCCACGGCCUACUUCAUCUUCCUCUGCACGGAGACCCACUAUGAGAAGGUUCUCAAGAAGAUUUCCCGUUACAUCCAGGAGCAGAACGAGAAGGUCUUCGCUCCUCGAGGGCUCCUGCUCACGGAUCCUGUGGAACGUGGGAUGAGGGUUAUCGAGAUCGCCAUCUAUGAGGACCGGUGUAGCAGUGGCAGUUCCAGCAGCGGCAGCAGCAGCGGCAGCGGCAGCAGCAGCGCUGGCGGGGGUGGGGCGGGGGCCCGGUGACUGGCCGAGAGUCCCUGUAGGGAGGUGUAUGGCCGGAGCGAGGGGCUGGCAGAUCUGCGGAGGCUGCAUUACCAGAG